UUAUGUAUGACAAGUUUGACACCACCUAUCAGGCUACAAUCGGCAUCGAUUUUCUUUCAAAGACAAUGUACCUUGAAGAUCGGACAAUCCGCCUGCAGCUAUGGGACACUGCUGGACAAGAAAGAUUUAGAAGUUUAAUUCCAAGUUACAUCAGGGAUUCAUCUGUUGCGGUUAUUGUUUAUGAUGUAGCCAAUCGACAAUCAUUUUUAAACACAUCAAAGUGGAUUGAGGAAGUUCGCACGGAACGUGGUGGUGAUGUUAUCAUUGUCCUUGUGGGAAACAAAACUGAUCUUGUGGACCAAAGACAAGUCUCUAUAGAAGAAGGUGAAGGCAAGUCUCGAGAACUCGGAGUCAUGUUCAUAGAGACCAGUGCCAAAGCAGGAUUCAACAUAAAGCCACUAUUCAGGAAAAUUGCUGCAGCUCUGCCAGGGAUGGAGAACUUGUCUUCUACCAAACAAGAAGACAUGGUUGACGUGAAUCUGAAACCCACCGUCAGUUCGUCCCACACCGAGCAGCAAUCCGGUGGAUGCGCCUGCUAGAACUUAUGAACUACACGGUUAAACCAGCACUAACCAGCAGAGAUCGUGUACAAGCCUUGUACCUUUGCUGGCUUAGAAACCUAGUUCCUCUUUCAUUCCUCUGUGAUUGCAUCAUGGGGAACUUGAAUAUUUUUGUUUACUUGCGAGUUUUCUUAAAAUGGGACAUUCAUUUAUUCAGCCU